AUGACGAUGCCCAAGCGUGCAGGUGCCGUCCAGGCGUCUUCCUUGGCAGUGCUGUUCAUGACCUGGGCGCCUGUCGUGUCAGGCAUGUCUGGCUCGGGCUGGACAUGGUUCUUUAAGGGUUCAGCUCCCCAGAUGCUUGCUGAGGCGGAGCCAACAAACUUUUUGUUUGUUGGCAACCCCGGCACAGGAAAGAGCACCAUCCUCAAUGGCCUGAUUGGCGAGUUGACAUUCCAAUCGGGCAUCUCGUAUGGUGAGGGUAUGACGUACAGGUUUGACCAAGUCAAACAUGGCAAGCAUACCUUCAUGGACACACCAGGCCUGUCCGACAUGAAGAGGCGGGAGGCUGCUGCGGAGGCUAUCACCGAGGCUUUGAAGCAAGACGGCCGCUACAAAAUCUUCUUCGUCAUCACGCUCCAGAAUGGCCGGGUGCGACCUGAGGAUGUAACCACCAUGAACUUGGUUCUUGACGCGGCGCCCAUCACGCAUUAUGCCAUCAUCAUCAACCAGAUGCCGCAACGCGAGUUCGAGGAGCUCAAGUCCGAUACCAGCCCGGCAUCUGGACAUUUGGCCAGGUCACUGUUGGCAACGCUGCCCUCCGACAAGGCAAUCCCGCUUAUCUGCCCAGUUGCGCGCGACUCUGCUCUGGAAGGUGCGGAUAACAAGGUGAAGCCACUCCCCGAAGCCUUGGUCAAGUUCAUAGUGCAGAAGACUCGCGGCAUGGAGAUCAGAAGCCAGGAUGUUCAGCAGGUGAGAGUUAACGAGUGGGACGAGAAAGUGCAAGGUCUUGAAGAGCAACUUAGCAGCGUGCAAGCAAACAACCAGCAUCUGAUUCGAGCUCAGAAGGACUCGGAGGAGACCAACAAGGCUCUGCAAACACAACUCCAGCGAGUGCAGAAGGACUCGGAGGAGACCCGCAAGGAGCUGCAAGCACAAGUCCGGCGAGCUCAGCAGGACCAGGAGCGAGAGGCACAAGGCACACGACAACUCGAGCAAGUUGUGUCAUCUUUGGAGCAGCAGUAUCGUUUCAUGGUGCAGCAGCUCCGUAAAAAAUCAGAGGAAAGUGAAAAACACAUGCUGGCCUCCGUAGCUAUCGGAGGCCUUGCAGCACUGGGCUUUCCAGCCAUAUUGCCAUUUGUUCGCUAA